UUUCUAUCACUGCAGCAUCAGCAGAGGAAAGGGGCACGAUCAUUUUCAUAGAGAAGAGAAAGAAAAGACACAAGUAGAUCAGGAAAAGAGGGCGAAAAGGACGGGAGGAGCCGAGAGAGCGAAGGAGCAUCACUCUGCAGAGCAGAGACCAGCAGGAGGGCGUGGACCUGGUUUGAAGGGGAACACUGAAGGAGAGGGGAAAACAGAGGGAGAGGACAAGAAGAUCAAAGGCAUAUGAGGCAAAGCCAAGGCCUCUUGCACAAGAAACAUAGCCUCACACUUGCUCAGCACGAGUCUGUGUGUGAGUGAAGUUGCUCCCUGUGUGCAUUUUACUGUAAGUGUGUGAGCAGGUGGGACUUUGAUGGGACAGUGAGCAAUGCCUGACACGCAGCGACAGCAGGUUGGCAGUAGGGGGCAGUGCUCCAGCUGCCUCCUCCCCCUUGUCCUCAUCCUUCUCUCCCUUGCAACCCAGCCCAGCCAAGCAGCCAUAAAUAUUCCCCCCAAUUACCGCAUAAGAGAUCUCAAGAGGCCUCCAGUGAUCAAAACACAGCCGGAGUCUGUCACCGUAUUUAGCACUGAGGACUUCGUCAUGAACUGUGAAGCCUCUGGCAACCCUUCACCCAUCUUCCGAUGGGCAAAGGACGGAGAAGACUUUGACCCAGGCAGUGACCCAGAGCUGAAGGUUUCUGAAAGCUCUGGCUCAUUCGCAUUCUACACACUUAGCAACACCAUGGACACACUGAACAAGUACAAAGGCAAAUACGUUUGCUACGCGUCCAAUGAGCUGGGGACAGCUGUGUCUAACGAGGCCAUACUGAACACGGAUGUUCCCCCCUCCCAGCAGAAAGAUAAAAAGGUUGAUGAGACGGCUGACGAGGGAAAAAGUUUUAUUCUGAAGUGUAACCCCCCACAAAGUUCUAUGGAGCCUAUCAUUCACUGGAUGGACUUAAGGUUACGUCAUAUCGAGCUUAGUAAGCGGGUGAUGGUGGGGAAGGACGGCAAUCUGUACUUUGCCAAUCUGGAAAGUUCGGACAGCAGGGAUGACUACACGUGCAAUGUCCAGUACCUGGCAACACGCACGAUUCUGGCAAAAGAGCCCACCUCUCUGAAAGUCAACCCCUCCAACUCGGUGCUGCGGAACAGAAGGCCCCAAAUGAUGAGACCUACUGGACAUCACAGCACGUACCACGCCCUGAGGGGACAGACACUAGAGCUAGAGUGCAUCGUCGAAGGCCUUCCAACUCCAGAAGUGUCCUGGAUGAGGAGGGAUGGCGAGCUGUCAGAAACUCGGACCACCAAAGAUAUGUUUGACCGCCGCUUGCGCUUCACUAAUAUCUCGGAAAGUGACGGGGGUGAAUACCAGUGUAUAGCUGAGAACUCCCAAGGGAACACCAAACACAUUUACAUGUUGACUGUGGAAGCUGCACCUUAUUGGAUCAAGGAGCCAGUCAGUCAGCUAUAUGCCCCAGGUGAGACAGUCAGAUUAGACUGUCAGGCAGAUGGCAUUCCCUCUCCUAUCAUCAGCUGGACCAUCAACGGGGUCCCCAUCUCAGGAGUUGAUAAGGACCCUAGGCGUACUCUGACAGCAAGCGGAUCUCUGAUCCUGGAGGAUGUGAACUUUGGAGACACUGCCAUCUAUCAGUGUCGGGCCUCCAACAAACAUGGAACCAUCCUCACAAACACCAAUGUUUAUGUCAUCGAGCUGCCUCCCCAGAUCCUUACCGAUGAUGGGAAUACAUAUGCGUAUACAGAGGGCCAGAAGGCUUUACUGGAGUGUGAGACCUUUGGCUCUCCUAAACCAAAAGUGAUAUGGGAAAGAAACAACGACAGCUCCUUCCUUCUAGCAGAUCACAGAGUUAACCCUCUCAGCAAUGGGUGGCUCGAGAUCGCUAAUGUCACCCACAGCGAUGACGGGAUCUACACCUGCACUGUGCCAAAUUCCAAUUUGUCAAUCAGUGCUGAGCUGGAAAUAUUCAAUAGGACAGUGAUACUGUCACCCCCACAGGCUCUGAAGGUCCAGGCUGGAGAGAGAGCCAUUUUCACCUGCCUGAACCUCGCUGACCCCAGACUCGACCCUCCUUUCAUUCAGUGGAGAAAGAACAACCAGAAGCUGGCUGAUUCCAACAAUGAUAAAAAGUAUACAAUGGAUGGACCGGAUCUCAAAAUAGCUGAUGUGCAGCCAGAUGAUGAGGGAGUGUACACCUGUGAGAUCAUCACAAAACUGGAUGUAGCAGAAGCCAGGGGUACCCUCACCUUAUGGGAUCGUCCAGACCCUCCUAUCCUCCUACAGAUCUCUGAUCCUAAGGAUCGUACUGUCACCCUCAGCUGGACUCCUGGAGACGACCACAACGGCCCAGUGACAGAGUAUGUGGUAGAGUUUGAGGACCAAAGUUCGAAUGAGAGCGUCUGGAAAAUGCUGGCCAGAGUUAGGGAAAACAAAGAACGGGCCGUUCUCUCCCUGUGGCCCUUCAUGUCCUACCGUUUCCGGGUCAUCGCCAUCAAUGACGUGGGCAAGAGCGACCCCAGCAAACCAUCUGGAAUAUACAACACACCUGCUGAAGCUCCAGAUAAUAACCCUAAAGAUGUCAAGAGUGAGUCCAUUGAACCGAACACUCUGGUCAUCACCUGGAAGAAAAUGGACAAUACCGAGGUCCACGGACCUGGCUUCAAGUACUGUGUGCAGUGGAGACAAGCAGUGGGAGGUGGGCCUGACUGGCAUGAGAAAAAUGUAACAGAGCCGCCAUUCCGUGUUGACAAUGUUGGGAACUUCUCUGCGUAUGAGAUUAAAGUUCAGGCUCUCAAUGAGAUAGGGAGGGGACCUGAGCCAGACCCAGUCAUAGGCUACUCAGGAGAAGAUGUUCCUUUAGAGGCCCCAAUGGAUGUGGGUGUUGAAAUAAUAAACAGCACUACAAUCAAAGUGACCUGGGCACCUAUAGACAAAGAGACGGUCAGAGGACACCUGCUGGGAUACAAGAUCCACUAUACCAGGAAAGUGCAUAGGAGCCACCACCGAGGCCGCAGGGCACAAGAGUUAGAAAGCACUGUGGUGGUGAAAACGGAGCCCAACGAGAAGAAGAAAGUGAUCAGUGAUCUGAGGCCGUUCUCCAACUACACCCUUAAGGUGACUGUAUACAACAUAAAGGGAGAAGGACCCUUCUCUGAGGCGCUGCCCUUUGAGACUCCAGAGGGAGUCCCUGGUCCUCCCUUGACCCUGACCCUAGACAGCCCAUCAGAGACAGAAAUGACCCUCCACUGGACACCUCCUGGCCAGCCCAAUGGAGUGCUUAUUGGAUAUCUGCUGCAGUACCAACAGAUUACAGAGAGUGAUGACAGCCCCAUGCAGGUGGAGACAAUAGAUGACCCCACAGUCACCCACAUCACCCUGAAGAACCUGGACCAUAAGAGCGACUACCGUUUCUACCUCAGGGGGCGGACUGCUGCUGGGGAUGGAGUACCUAUAACGAUGAAGGGUGCCACUAUGCUGGAUGGAGUAGUUCCUAUGGACAUCAGCCUGUCUGUGGGGGAAAACGCAGUUAACUUUAGCUGGGUACCUGAAAAGAGACGCAGGAAUGUUGGCUUCCAGAUCCAAUACAGCAACAAGAACGAUGGCAAUAAAUGGAAGGCGACAGAGAAGGUGAACUCCUCUCAGUCUUUCUACCAGCUCCAGGGCUUGACUCCUGGCUCCCAAUAUUCUUUCCAAUUUAUCUACAACAACACAGUCUUCUUCAACACUGAUAUCAAGACAGAAGGAACAGGAGUAACAGAGAUGCAGCCAAGCUUUGCAACACAGGGCUGGUUCAUUGGCGUUGUGAGCGCCAUUGGGCUGUUGUUGCUGAUCCUGCUCAUCCUCUGCUUCAUUAAGAGGAGUAAAGGGGGAAAGUACUCAGUGAAAGAUAAAGAGGAGGGCCCGAUGGACUCGGAAGCUCGGCCCAUGAAGGAUGAAACUUUCGGAGAGUACAGUGAUCUUGAGGAAAAGCGAACAGCCAGCCAGCCGUCCCUGUGUGAGAAGAGCAAGCUGUACAGCGAAGACAACCUCGACUUCAAUGGCAGCAGUGCCAUGACCACAGAGCUCAACAUGGAUGAGUCUCUGGCUAGCCAGAUCAGUCGUCCCAGUGGCGGUCCAGAAGGUUUCCUGCCAGAGAACGCCCCGCUGAACCCCACUACCUUCUCUCCCGCCACCAAUGGCGUGCCCAACUCAGUCACCAUCCUCGAUUAACCCCCACACAUCCACCGGGGACCAUCAGACCAAAAUAUGUCAACACGUAUGUGCCCAUAUGCUCCUGUUCCCUACUGACUUGCUGAUCUGUACUUCGACGACUAAUAAACAAUCAUAUUCAGAUGUCCCUGGCAGCCAUCUGAUUGACUAGACUAUAUUGACCAAAGGAGUGUCCAAAGUAGUGGACAGCGAUAGUGAUAUAAGCCUGACUGACAUGAACAUGUCCUUUGACCUCCCUUCAUUUUCCUGUGCAGUUUACAACUAAUGAAAAAGACUAACAUUCAUUUCUCUCCCUCCUCUUUCGUUCUCUCAGCAAACAACAGCGCAGAAGCAUAAAGACAGAAUGUUGUACAGUUAGAAAUAUCAGGGGGUGUAGGUAUGGUCAUGUAAAGAUGCAGAGUAGUGCAUUAAAAGUAAAGGAUGAUGGUAGAACCCAGUGUAGGGAACAAGACAGCUAAUGCUGCUGUACAGAAAAAAAUCUUGAAUCUUAGAUAUGAAUCAUGUUUGAUGUACUUCCCACAUGAUUUUGUAUGUCUAAUUGCCAUUUAAUGUCUCCGAUUGUACUUGCCAGUGACAUUUUUUUGGUUUUACAAGCGUGUUUGAAUACAAAACAUCAUUUUUUUUUGUUGCUGUUGUUGUUGUUGUGUCAUUUUUUGUUACGUAAUCAUUUUUCAUAUUGUUUUCUACACUAUUUAUAUAAAAAGCUACGACACAUUUCAUAGAUUGACAUGUUUUCAGCAAAAUCAAGUGAAGCCAAGUUUCUUACUAUUUGGACGCAUUAAGUGGAACUUGCUGUGAAAAUGCUGAGUAGCAUCUGGUGUAUAUAGCUGCAUCUACACUUAUCUAUUUAGCCAUAUUACAGUAUUAUAGAUCCUUAUAAGUUCCUGUGCCUGCUGGGUCUGCAUAAAGCACCAGAUUGAUGUCAUUACUCUCUCGCCUUCCCACCAGAAGUGUAAUGUCAUUUUUGAAAACGAUGUUGUAAUUUUUUUGUGUGUCGAGACCUAUGUGUAGUUUUCUGUAUCGCUGUCUUUGUCUCUUUCUACGCUGUAUUAAAACAUUGUCUCUAAUUAACAACCUUUCAUACCUGCUCAUCUCAUACUAAACAAACUGAGGCGCAGUAUUUAUGUAUAUUUCAGAUAAGAGGGUGGCGUCUAGUGCGCAAACACUCUCUCAAGUUUUAUUUUCAAACCUUCCUCAAUGCAAGCUGAUAUUGUUGACAGUUGUAAAGGCUGCCAUUUGAUAUAUGAUAAAAGUUAAAAAAUAGUUGUUUAUAUCAAACAGAGAAUGUAUUCCUUUCAGGGUUAGGCAGACACUGUAUUUACUUGCUUCUGAAAAUAAUCUGAGCUAAAAAGGUCAAAGGAGAGUAAAGUCACAGGAAGAGCCGGGACCAUUUGUUUUCCCUCUGAAUGUAAAUACAACCCCUACAGAACCAUGUUUGAUAUGAAAAUGUGAAAAAUGUGCAGGUUUAAAGCCACUUCACUUAAUUUUAAAAUGUUGCAAAUUGUAGUUUUUUUCCUUCUCUGUACUAUUGCUAUGAAUUCAGACUUUUCUGUUAUCGACAAACGAUCACAGUGAGAUUUGGGUGUAGCAAAAACAUACUCCAUAGUUGAAUAAAGGAGAAAAAAAAAAAAAAAGGAAAAAAAAAAUCACAUUGUUAUGUAGAUGUUUUUGCAAACAUAUCGAAAUUUGAAAACGGAAAAAAAAAAAAUCAAUUUAGUGUCACUUAGUGAAAGUAGUUACAUUACAAUUUAAGCUAGGAUUGCGCUCAUGCCCUUAAUCAUCCAGCAAUGCAGUGCAGUGAAUAUCUGUGGAGUUUUUGUCUGAUGAAGUUGUGCGGGGCAGAAAUGCAGUGAGCCACAGGGAACACUUAAACGCAACACUCUCCCUUCUCAAACAAAAGCUCGCCACUGGCCAAACAUCAACUGUAGUCUCCGAGGUAGAAUAUGAGAUGUCUAAAGAGGCUAGUGGCACUGAAGGAGGUUUGUGUAAGCUCCCUGUUGUUGGUUAAACAGACACACUCAGGACAAAUAAAGCUUUUAAAAAAAAUCUAUUUUCAUACAGGAGCGAUGAAUGACGCAAGAUAUGCCAAUAUUCUAACUCAACUAUCUGCUGCUAAACAACUGUGUGUCAGUGUUUGGGGGCAAAUGUUAGCUCUGAAUGAGGAAUGAGUGUACACACACAGAUACUCACUCGACUGCCGCUCACUCUUUGCUUUUCAUGUUUUGUAGGGGAAACCUGGGGAUGCUGGCCUUUGCUUUCUCACUGUGGUUGUUUUUUCUUUUUUUAUAUAGCUAAAGAAGAAAAAUUGACUGAAAAUGAAUUCGUUUGUGUAGAGAAGCUUCUCUAGGACAUUUAAGUGGAAGUAGAUGAAACAGAAGGGGCAAGGGAGGCCAGGGGGUGUGCGCCGCUGCUGGGGAUGAUAUGCCACUUCGCAGAGUGUGGGGUGCAGUAUUAGCACAAUAUGACGAUGCCUAUAUUUGUCAUGGGUGGAUGACUGGAGCUGUGGGUCUUGUACCACUUUUGGGGCCAAUAUUGUAACUGCAUUAUGAAGCUACUGCUGUAACUGGAUAUAUGACUGAAAAAUAAAGUACGUGGAACAAUCUGUA